AUGGGGGCUGUCCAGGGCUCAGAGAGAGCAGCAUCCUGGGAGUUGCAGCAGCAGGAGCAGGAGCAGCAGCAGGAGCAGCAGCAGGAGCAGCAGCAGGAGCAGCAGCAGGAGCAGCAGCAGGAGCCGCCGCUGAGGCAGCAGCAGCAACAGCAGGAGCAGCAGCAGGAGAAGCAACAGCAACAGGAGCUGCAGCAGCAACAGCAGGAGCAGAAGCAGCAACAGCAGCAGCCAGGGGAGCACCGGGGGGAAGAGCAGCAGCAGCAAGAACCGCAAGGCCAAGAGCAGCAGCAGCACGAGCAGCAGCAACAGGACCAGCAAGUGCAGCAUCCUCUGCAGCAGCUGCAGCAGCAACAACAGCUGGAAGGCGAUCCACUGGAGCCUUUGCUACAAUGGCAGCAGCACAAGCAGCAGCACACACAGCAGCAACACAACGACCAGCAGAACGACCUUCAGCUGCAGCAGCAACAGCAGCAACAGAAGCAGCAAGGGCAGCAGGAGCAGCAGAAGCUCGAAUUGCAAACAGAGCACAUCAGCACCGAUGCUAGCGGGAGUUCCUAUCCCUUUGCUGGGAUCCAACCGCUGCAGCAGCAGCUGCAGCAGCAGCAGCAGCAACAGCAACAGAAAUGGCCAGAAGAGGAACGGGACCAGCAGCAGUCUCUGCAGCAGGAGGAUGCGCAGCAGGAUCCGCAGCAGGAUCCGCAGCAGGGUCCGCAGCAGCAGCAGCCAGAGAAGCAGCAGCAGCUGCUGGUCGAGCAACCUACACAUCAGCCCCAGCAGCAGCAGCAGCAGGUGCCGCUGCCACAACAGCCGGUGCAGCAGGAACAACCGCAGCAGCAGCACGUGGGUGGCUCUGAGCAGCAGCCACAGCAGCAGCGGCAGCAGCAGGGGAUGCAGCAGCAGGUGCAGCAGCAGGAGCAACAGCAGCAACAAGAGCAACAGGAGCCCGUUGAGCCCGUAGAUAAUAAAAGCAGUGUUUGUGGGGUGGUUCCUGAAGGUGGGAUCGUCUGCCCCACGACUGGGAUCGGUUUAAUCGUCACUGCAGCAGAAGACUCAGGAGAACCUGUGGGGCCACAGCCCAACUCAGGUGUAUCUGCAGAGGGGCCCCUAGGGGCCCCUGUCUCAUCCCUUCAGCUUCCUUUGCAGCAACUUCCAGGGGCAGCAGCAGCAGCGGCAGCAGCAACAUCAGCAGCAGUAGUAGGAGCAGCACGAGCAGCAGCAACAACAGCAGCAGCACCAGGAGCAGAAGCAGCAGAAGCAGAAGCAUCAGGAGCAGCAGCAGCCACAGCAGCAGCAACAGCAGCAGCAACAACAGCAGCAACAGCAGCAGCAGCAGGAGCAGCAGCAGAAGCAGCACCAACUCGGGGCCGUCUGCGUACAGCUGGGAAAGGAGACAACGAAAGACUACCUCGAGACUGCUCAGGAUCUGUCUCCUGGAGGCUCAGUGACUCUGUUUUUAGACAAAGAGUUAGAGAGAUAUGUGCAAGGGCUGUUGUUCACCCUUCUAUUAAGGAGACAGGCUCGGAGACCCCUUCAUCUGCUUCUGCUGCUGCUGCUGCUGGUGCCAGCGACAGCGCAGCGAUAACCCACCCGAGACACAGCAGCAGCAGCAACAGCAGCAGCAGCAGCAGCAGCAACAGCCGCACUAGCAACAGCAACAAAAACGCCGGAGCCAACAGCGACAGCAGCAGCACGCCGGCCUGCUGCUGCUACCGCAACGGCAGCAACAGCAACAGCAGCAGCAGCAGCAGCAGGGAUAUUCCUCGUCGCGGUUGCAGCAAGACAUUAGGAAUAACAGAGUUAAGAAGAAGAGCUGAAGAAAUAGAAAGAGGGGCCCCCUCUGCCUUGGAGACGCCUAACCUCCUUGAUGAGGUUCAGGGUUAA